AUGGAGAAAGCUCCUCAUCAGGGGAAAGCCACCAUCUUGGCCUUCCAGAACGAGGACUCUCGGCUCUUCCAGACGGCUGUUGCCGCUGCCAUGAUUGGCACAUCUCUCGCAGACAGCUGGGGCGGCUCCGUCUCCCUUGGCCCAACAACUUCAACUAUUGUCAAAGCCGUCACAACCCUCAUCCCCGGCGCGGCGCCUUCUACGCAGAACGGCGUCCUGUUCCUGUGGCCCGGUAUGUCAAACGGCACCGGCGAUCUUGUCCAGACGACCCUCGAAUCCUGGGCCGACAACUCGUGGUGCGGCGCCGUUAAGGGUCAGUGGUGCGUGCGCGCCUCGCUCUUCGGUUCCUUCGGCCAGCUUGACGGCACCGCAAGCCCCGUAUCCGCAGACCAAAAGGUCAAGAUCGUGUACGAGCUGCUUUCGGACAACGACACCUGGCGCCAGACCGUCACCGAUGCCGAUACCGGCAAGGAGCUCAGUACGUUCGAGCACAAGUCGGGCCCAUUCAUGAGGGGUUACGGCACCGGUACCGAGUGCAAUGACAACUGCAGCCCUACCAUUGCCGAACAGCGUUACAUCAACACCGAGAUCACCCUCGCCGGGGCCGAUACUGGCUUCGGCAAGACCAUCGCCACCGCCCAGAAGGCUACCUACUCUGGCCUGGCAAGCAGCCAGAAUGGCAAGGUCUGGACCAUCGCGGAGAUUGUUGUCCCCAAGAUGGUUUAA